AUGACUCCAACCACCACCACCAGCGACGGCCUUCCAGCAUCGCCUCUCCUCCGCCUCCCUCUAGAACUCCGCCUCAUGAUCUACGAAUACCUGCUCUUCCCAUCGACACACCCCACAACCGGAAGCGGGACAUCAAUCGCAAACCUCCUCCCAGACUUCCACACCUACUACUCAGCAGACACGAACAACGACCCCUUCACCCUAAGCGUACGAACCAUCGACCCCUGGCUCGGCGGACAACCAAAGUCCUGGAGACGCAGAAGCACGUAUUACGUCCGCACCGGCGCCUUCCUCACCUCCUCAACCCCAACAACAUACCGCAUCCUCCUCUCGCCCUACACCGCGCACCUCCGCCACACCAUCCCCUCCCUCCUAUCCCUAAACCACCAAAUCCACGCCGAAGCCACAAAAACCUUCUACGCAACCUACACCUUCUCCUUCCACACCGCCAUCGAAGCCAUCGUCCCCUUCCUCACCGACCUAACCCCGCUCGCGCGCCAAUCCGUGCGCACCCUACACUUCACCAAAAAAGUGCUGCCGUAUACCAAGGAAUUCGACCGCGCGGAGUGGGCGCGCGCGUGUGCUUUUCUGGGCGCGGGCGGGAUGCAAGGGCUGCGGUGUGUGCAUCUUGGUGUUGUGGUGGGGCGGCCGGCGACGGGGUGGGAGGGCGUUGGGAUGAUUUCGUCGGCGGGGUUUGAGGAGCUGGUGAGGGUUAGGCGGGGUGGGGUGGAUUUGGAGUGGGUGGAGCAGGUUUUGGCGAUUGGGGGGUUGGGGGAGGUCAGGGUUGAGGCGCUGGUUGAGAGGUGUGCGGUGCCGGUUAGUGAGACGAUGGCGUUUUGGGUGGCGUUUAGUAGGGGUGUUGUUGAGGGGGGGUUUGUUGGGUUGAGGGUGUUGUGUAGAUGA